AUGGAGAAGCCCAUUUGCAACUCGUCCCACAGCAAAGAGGAGAUCCAGCCCCUCCGGUACUUAAGCAGAGCAGAGGCAUUGGCUAUCGAUAAAGAGCUGCUGGAGGAGUUUAGGUUCGGACAACAGCAGUUGAUUGAAAUCUGGGGUCGUGCUUGUGCCAUGGCAGUAACCAAGGUUUUCCCUCGGAGGUCUCUGCCGAGAAAGCAGCCGACGUUGCUGGUGGUCUGCGGCUGCGAACAGAACGGGGCAGUCGGCCUGGCAUGUGCCCGUCACCUGCGUGUCUUUGAAUACGAGCCCACCAUUUUCUAUCCGAAGAGAUCUUUGAACCCUCUUUUCCGGGAUUUCACCACGCAGUGUGAGAAGAUGGACAUUCCGUUUCUGUCCUAUCUGCCAGCGGAGACUCAGCUGAUCAGCGACGCUUACAAUCUCGUGAUCGACGCCUUGCUCGGAGUGGAAGCCACGCCGGGCGAGUUGCCAGAGCCGUUCAGUACGAUCCUGGCCACCCUCAAGCAAAUCCGGAUCCCUCUCGUCAGCCUGGACGUCCCCUCUGGCUGGGAUGUGGAGAUGGGCAGCUCCGACGGAAUCAGUCCCGACGUCCUCGUCUCCCUGGCUGCUCCCAAACAGUGCGCCACGCGGUUUGUGGGCAAGCACCACCUUGUGGCGGGCCGCUUCCUCCCUUACGAUGUGCAGAAAAAGUUCGAACUGAAUUUCCCCGAGUACCCUGGCACAGAUGACGUGGUUUCUCUUUAAGGAGAAGGAAGCUCGCGGCCAUGCCGGGGGGGGGGAGCGGUUCCCGGAGUUCCUUUCCCGCAUCGCGUCCCCCCAAAAGCCCCAUUUGCUUCUCCCAAACGGCGAGAGGUUGGGUAGACGCCCCUGAGAACCGACGAAUUCUGCGCCUAGACUUCUGGAAAUGUACAAACCGUAGCUCGGGAGGCAGGUGCCGUGGUGCCGUUUGAGCCCAAUCUGGGAGACUACAGAUUUUGCCCGCUCCCGAUCUCAGAAGAAUCACUCCCAGCUGCACGCAAGGAAUUAAGAGAUGCCUCUUUGGGGGAAGAGGCAUUCCCUCCCGGAACUGAGGGAAUCCCUCUUCUUAGGUCAGGGAUACAGUGGUACCUUGGUCCUCAAACUUAAUCCGUUCCGGAAAUUCCGUUCCAAAACCAAAGCGUUCCAAAACCAAGGCAUGCUUUCCCCUAGAAAGCAAUGCAGAAUGGAUUAAUCCGUGCCAGACAAGCCCUGAAACAGAAAUCUAGUAGAAAUUGGAGUUCUUGCGAAA